AUGGAUGGAAACACUGAAUAUGGACGCAGUAUUCGUGAUGAUUCCUCAAGCGUGCAUCCUAAACUGCGCGGUAAACGCAAAGCGACAGAUGAUCCCACCGGAGCGAGAGGGUCUUUGGAUUCGCCUCCUGCUUCAUCGUCGCUGCUAGCCCAGCUGCAUGCAUCUUCCUCGUCUUCGUCAUCAUCGCAACCACAGCAGCAGCAGCAAACAUAUGGAUCAGGUCCAACGGCAGCAGCGCCUCCGGGAAUGACACUACAGUUCGACACUCUUGCACUGAUGGAACAGUUGAAAAAACGCAAUUUAGGACUUGAAAUACCAACUAAUUUCACCGUGGAAUCAAUGAAUGAAACAACAGUCAAUUUGGAAGUGUGGAAAACAAGUCGUAUAUUGGCUCGUCCACCUGAUAUUGAAGGAUAUCUGCCAGCAUGCAUUAAAGGUGUCAGAGCAAACAAGGAUGUUACCGUACAGUUUGACAAUGGUAUUGAACACGUAUUCGAAGAUGUGAUAACAUCAUUGCGUGAAUAUCCUGACAUACUCGCCGAUCAAGCACCAAACCCUGAUUCGAUUAAUGUUGCGGACGUGGUUUGCGUGAAGUGGAAAAACGAUGAGAACAUAUAUCGUCUAGCUGAAGUGCUGAAAAAGACGACUUGGCCCAUAAUGUUCCAGAUGCGUCUACUUGUCGGUAUUUCAACCGAUUUUUGGUUUCACCGUGCAAGCAUACGGUUGUUACGUCCACCGUGGUACGAUGAGUUGAACGCCAUGGGCAGUUACAGUAAUUCGGUCGUCAAAAGCCGCUAUAGUGAUGCUGCAGAUUCAGACGAUGAACCGAUGAAAGAUGAUCAGAUUGACGGUACAUCUGAUGCGAACAAUUUUUCGGGUAAAUCAACGCCAAGGUCUGCUGUAGGAGCAACUGCUACGGAGCGAAUGUCCGCGCAAUUUUUUGGCCUAAUACCAAACCAAACGGUUUCUGGUAACGCGACAACUUUUGAUGAAGUCCAGCAAGUGCAAAAAUGUGCAGCAAGUCAAGCUGUCUCAGCAGCUUGCGCCGCUGUCGUGCAGGUGAAACUUCGUGUCAGUUGUAUGGAGCACACUAUCCUGUAG